AUGCUAGCGACAAAGGAUUUAUCUCCGUUUAAAUGGUUGCCAUCAGCGUCAUUAGCAAAGUUUUCGCUGAAGGCAGACUUUGAGAGUGUCACGUCUGCUGAGCGUGGUGGCCCGUGUCCCCUGCAGCGAGCCAGAGACGCUGUGCUCCGCACCGCCGGCAAGGAGGGCAAGGAUGAGCUAGCUGAGCCACAGGCAAGUGCUGCUCGUACCCUUGGAUCGGCGGGUGCCGGCGGCAGCAGCACUAGCAAAGUCGCAGUAAAGGAUGUAUGGGUCAUUUUGACCAGUCAUUCCCUCGCUUUGGCAUCCCACAAUUUUUACGCCUCCCUCAAAAAGAGAUCUGAGAUGAUGGAAAGAAUAAGAAAAGAGAUGAUCCUGAUGGAGAGAGGGCUACACAGCCCUACAGCUGGCAAAAGGCUCUCGAAUUUGUCAGACUCAGCUGGAAAUGCGGUGCUGGAGGCCCUUGAAAAUUCUCAACACAGUGGUCGCCUCAGCCCGAGACUGACUCCCGCCUCGCUGCAUAGCGCGAUAGGGGACAUCUCUGCCAAAGGCAAAUUUGAAAUAGACACUUUAUUCAACCUUCAACAUCCGAGCAGCGAAAGCACCGUCUCGUCCGAAAUCCCUUCGUCGGAGAGCAGGAAGAAAAUCAACCUUUACCCCGAAGUUGCUCCGGAGGCAGAUAUGAACAGUGAUGUGGAGGUGGGCUGCUCCGCGCUCCGCUCCCCGGCCAGCCUCCCUUCCUCCCAGCUGAAGGAAAACAAUAACAAAGUGCCACUUCUGCGGGUCGGGGGUGGUUGGGUGGUGUCGAGGGGAGAGUGUGAAAGUGCCGGUUUGGGACGGCGGGGAGCAACCAUCGGGCCGGGCGCGGGGCCGUGGGCGGCGCGGGGGGCGCGGAGCGGGGCUCAGGCGUCGCUCUACUUGUGUCCCGCGCAGGUUUGGUUCCAGAACCGGCGUAUGAAGGACAAGCGGCAGCGCCUCGCCAUGUCCUGGCCGCACCCGGCCGACCCCAGCUUCUACACGUACAUGAUGACCCACGCAGCGGCCACGGGCAGCCUGCCCUAUGUGAUGCACACACACAUCCCCGUACACUCUGAUGAAAAGAAGAAAAAAAAUCUCUAUUAA